CACUGGAUUGUUUCGGAUUGUUAUAUUCUUCAGCCAAUGCGCGUAAAAAUAUCAGUAAAACUAUAAAAUAUUAAAACAUGUCAAUUAUGUUAUUCCCUUUAUUAAUUUCCUCGCUCCAAUAUUGUAGUAUCAAGUUAUUGAUUAAAAUAUUCAAGUGUAAAAACUAUUGAACAUCGAAAAGAAAGAUUUGAAUUUUCACGGACAGCUGCCAUCCUAGAAUGCGUGAUGUACGAUUAAUAAAAACUUUUACAUGUAUUACGCGUUAUAUUACUCACGUAUUAAGACAUAUUUUACACCUCAAGUUUCACGAACUUCAAUGAACUGCCAGUGACAAUUUGUAACUCUUGAAUAAGAACAAGUAAAAGCGGAAAAAUGAAGUAACUGGAUACCUCAGUGUCGCCCGUUCUGCGCCUUAUUUUCAUACGGCCCUGAUACAUUCCCCCCACUUCGAUCGAGGCGGCCAAGCUCAGCGAGCAUCGCGUUCGCCAUUUCCGAACAAGUUGUGGAUCCAGAAUUUAAUGAAAAUAAUCGCGUUUCCGGGCUUGUUCAAGUGCGUUCGAGGCGUAUAAGCAAGGACUGAAUGCUUGUUAUUGAUCACGUUUGUUUUAAUGGCCAAAAAUCCGCUUCUGAAGGUAAAAUAGAGAUACCAGAUGGCAGGUAUUUCUCCAACCGAUCGCGAGACGGAGGCUAGCGAGGUCCUCUAUACAUUGUUGUCUGUCGAACGCAUCAAAGAUGCUGGUAAAAGUAUCGAGGAAACUUCAAAGACGGAAGAUAAUGCCUCUCCUAGUACAAUCCAGAAGAAACAACAUCGGAUUGUUAAGAAAUCUUCCAACACCUUGAAAAAAAGUAAUACCAAAUCUCAAAAGGAGCCCGGUAAAACGAUUGAGGACCCACCUUUUGCAUUAAAAAAUGAAGAAGCAGAUGAGAUAAUGAAUUUAAAUGCUGAUGAUGCACUUGUUAUCAACAGCUCAGAACAAGAGCACGAGUUGACGUGUGACGAAGCAGAAAAGCAUAGAAAAACAAUCCCAAAGAAGAAGUGUGGGACUAAGAGAAAACAAAAACGAGUUAAAUCGGAAGGGGAGCCUAGCUUCGAACCGACACGCCUUGAGGACAACGCGGUUCAAGUAUUGGAGCGGUUUAAACGCGGCUGUGAGUGCCAAGAUGACCAGUGCUUCAAGGGACUGAAUCCAGAAUUUGUUUACCGUCACAGAUUGAACAUCGCGGAGCUGACUAAAGCUGAGCACGACAUGUACUUGAUGGGAGUGACGAUGGCCUGCCUAACGAACCCGUCGCUGACAGCGAGACACACGGAAAGACGAAGGCUGAGGGCGCAGUAUGUUUAUCAGGGUCGCCGAGUAUGUUUGGAUGCCUUUUUGUACCUGGAAAACUGCACUCACUACCAGAUAAAGAGGAUCAGAAAGCACCUUGUCACCCAUGGAGUGACGCCUCGGGUUCACGGGAACCAUGGAAAAGUUCCACACAACACUUUCUCGCUUGAUAUAUACAAAAUAGCGACGGAGUUCCUGAAGAGCUUUAUAAGCAAGCAGGAGGCGAAGCAGGAGGCGAAGCAGAAAGCCAGCGCAAAGCAAGGACCGCUUCACCUCGCCUCCGACAUGACGCGGAAGACGGUCCAUGACUUGUACAGCAAGUACUGCAGAAAGUUGUCACCCAGCAUAAAAGUUAUGGGAUAUUCAACGUUCAGGAGAUUCAUGAAGGUUCAGUUUCCACAAGUGAAAUUUGCCAAGGUUGAAUUUGUAGUCAAGGGACAAGUCAGUCACAAUCAAAAUUCCGCGAAAGGCGGCGCAGAGGAAAGAGACAAUAAGGAUAAGUCUGUGGGGAAAAACGACCUUCUUCCGCUGGUCAUUGCUGAUGCUACAGUUGAGCAAAAUGGCGCAUAUCUUUUAACUCCUGUCAAUAAACUGCAAGAAGGAGUCAGCUAUCAGCUCACUUCAGAUGGAUUUUUGGUCAAGAGUUCAGCCGCGCAAUUUACUGUAGCCAAUAAUCGUUGUCCUGAGUGAUAGACUUCGAAGAUUUAUUCAGCAGCCUAUUAAAUUCAGAGUAAUCACUUUCUGGAAAAUCAUGGAAAACAUGGAGCUCUCAAUAAAUUAUUGAAAUAAUCAGGAAACUUUUUUUUAUGCAACUCUUGAAAUAACGAAUUUAAGACAGCAAAAAAUUUGUUUUUCCACUUAAUUUUUUUUUUCGUCUCCACACGAACGCCGCGUAUCCGACAUUUACAUUAGUUUCGAUAAUUCUAAACAAAAUACAAAAUCUUCAGAACACUGUUUUUAACUGUUUUGAAAAUUCACAUUUUAAGGUGAUGUCUGCGAUGCACUUGCUAAACUUCUAAAAACAUGGAAUUCUCAGAGAGGAAUUAUGAUUUCACAUUUUAGUAGACACUCAGACAUUUUAUUCCCAGCCUUUGAUAACACUUAGGUAUGUAUUAUAAAAUUGCAAGGGUGUUCAACUUUCACGCCUGGUCUUCACGCUACGAUUAUGUUGGUAUGAUUAUGUCAAUCAAUGAUAAUACGCACGUGUAGCUGAAACAAUAUGGAAGUAUACGUAAACAUAAUCAUACCAUAAUCAUAGCACGUAGAUUGGGCAUAACCGAUUAAUUAAAACAUAGAUAAAUUGAGGGCUGGUUAACCAAUUAAUCGAAAUAACGAUAAAUCGAAAGGGUCGAUUGAUCGAUUAAUUGGAAAACUGAUAAUUUGGAAGAGCCGAUUUAAUUGAUUAAUCCAAGCCGAUUUAUUGGAAAACUGAUCAUUUGGAAGAGCCGAUUUAAUUGAUUAAUUAAAGACGAUUUAUUGGAAAACUGAUAAUUUGGAAGAGCCGAUUUAAUUGGUUAAUUAAAGCCGAUUUAUUGGUUGAUCGUGCAGUCCUACUAUUUGUACAAAAUAGUUAUUGAUGAUAAGAGAUAUAAGACGUACCAAACUAACUUGUGUAAUGUUAAGAUUGCAAAUUACGAACCAUAUAUUUCAUUUGUUUGCCUGUAUUAAAAAUUCAUUAUUGGAAUAUGUGGAAAAAUGUCAACUAAAAGUGCUCUGUAAUUGUUCAUAUUUGUCUGUUUCGCUCAAUUUUCAUCAUGCUAAUGCAUGAAAUCCAAAAUCCCCUGCAUUCAAGGGAAAACUGUGUAUGAACUUUUUUCGGGAAAGGGGAAUUCGGUGUCAGAUUUUCAGAAUUGUGAGUAGUAAAUCCCAUAUGGUGGAUCAAAAUUCAAAAGCAUCUUGAUUUGAUUGAAACUCGAGCUAACUAAAGAUACUCUAAUUUCAUCAAUUUUAUGAAUGUGACAAUAUGAACUCUACGAACAUAUCCUUCAAGUCGUAUGCUGUUUAUUUGUGUCCAGAAAAUUGUGUUUU